CUAUGCUGUACAACUGUGCGAGUACGCCCUGUUGCAUCUUUUAGCAGUGGAGCAGGAGCGGCCCGCGUUCCGCGAGAAGAUCCGCAGCUGGUUCUUUAAAUGUCGCUACCGACUUGCUGAUGCUUGGUUCCGCCUCGGUCUGGGAUGGGGUAGUAUGUUCGAAGCUGGAGCUGCCACCAUGUCGCCAGACGGCUCAGACGACUACGGUAACAAAGUCGACGCGCAGAAGCUCGAUUGCUGCAACACGCUUUUUGAAAAAUUAGAUGACAAAGUCGAACCUUUUUUCAAUGCCACGACCAGCCUACUUUUCACGAACAGCAAGGGCUCCUCGAUGCUCACGCAGAUCAACUCUGCGUUAGCAGAUCUAUUUUCCGACGAUGUUCUGACCGACAGAAAAGUAAUUGCGACCCUCGCGAAAUGCCCCUUGAUUUUGGCUGCAGAUGUGCCUCGUCUACGCGAGUGGAUGCGAUCACCUGCCUGCACAUCAUCCUGUCUUUGGUGGUUACGCCGAGUACAAGAUCACACGCACCCAGCGUGCCCGACAAAUUUUCCAGCCAUGGCAGCAGCAGAACUGCGACUCAAAAUUCGGGACUGGCCCGACAGAACCGAGAAGUACGUCGCUUAGACUUCUAGUUGAUUUUUUUUAUCUCAACGAGCUUGUUGUUGUUCCACCUUUUGGCGAAGUAUGUAACGGCCUCUAUCUCUGUAUCAUGUAUACUGAAUGAGAAAAGUUGAGAAAGUUGAACCUAGGAAGCUAGCAGGGUUGCUCGUUUGUUUCACGUCGUCAAAAACAUAAAAAGAAAGUAGUGGCGUCACAGUGAAGCUUUAGAGACAGUUUUUUUUUCAGCUUGCUUACAAACCUCUUACAAUUUUCUUACAAACUGCUUAAACGCAAAUUACUUCCAGUUUUUUUAUCAACUUCGUACAAAACUUCGCUCUCUUAGUUUCUUACAACAAAUCUCAAAUCUUCUGCCAGAGCAGGUUCUCAUUUUUUUAUGGGUUGUCUUCCUUAGGACUAGUUGUUGAAGCAAGUAGAUGGGGAAUCACCCCAGGUCCUAUCCAAAGGUUCUCAGUAGUUCAGUACUACAGGCUCUCAAAAGAAUAAAAUAAGAAGGCGAUCAGAUCUCGAGUCUUUGUCUUAGCCGUUCCAAUUUUGUCCACAUGGCUCGAUAUAAAACUCAGUCACGCUUGUGCUAAGUAGGCCGAUGCUGUUGCUUAAAGAUAGCGCUUGAGUAAGUUUGUUGUCACUUCUUUCCUCAGUUCCGUGCCGUUGUUAGUUUAGUCAAAACUUGCGUGAGUAAACAUCGCGACAAAACACUAUGACGCCGCGCGGCAGUCUGCACUGAAAUGCGUGCGAGAUUAAUUGCAUCGUAAAUUGUAAGUGUUUGCUUCUCUUUCACGACCUUUGACUUUCACGUAUUUAUCAUUAUCAGGUUGCUUCUCUUAUGGGGGUUAGCGUACAUGGAAAUGGACGCUCGCGAAUUUGAAAAUGCAAAGGCUACGUUGCAGCAGCUUCUACACGCAACGACAGCUCCGCCGAAUGGACCGACGCCUUCUCCAUGGAAACCGACCUGCUUCAUAUCAGAGCUUUUGCAUCUCUUCGCGCUGGCUGAGUUCGGCUUGGAUGACGCUGCCGGUUGUGAACAAGUAUUGAGCAGUAGUGCUCUGUUUUUCAAGGAUGCGAACGACCGACAUCACGUUGCACAUCGGAUGCUCCAAACUUGGUCACACUGCGCUCUAUCUGCGGAGCUGUCCGCGAGUGGGAAGGUACAAAAUUCGAAUCCACUGCUGAGAUCCACCAAGACCAACACCUACAUCACCUCGAUCAUUUUUUAUUGACUGUCCGUCCUCAUGAAAAGUGAUAUGUCGCCUGAUCAAAAACGAAACAUCAUGGUACGUAUCGGCGCCCCGUCUUCAAAAACUCUAGAUGAAGAUUCAUAUAUAUUUAUGCCAGGUUGACUCGGAGCAAGCUGCCAAAGAGCUUCAGACGUGUUCCAAGCUUUUGGAGAAGUCGAAGAAAAACUUGGAAAAAGAGUACGGCCGCGAACUGGACCACGCUUGCGGGGACACGCUUUACGAUGGCUCAUCGCCAUUGUGGUUGGACGUUUGCAUUUUUCACAGCCUGAAAAUCGACUCAUCAAAAAUGCCGGAACAACCGCAGAUGUGUGGUAUGUUGUUUCGCAGGUGGAAAGAAUGCUGGGGGCCUCUCCGGGUUCAAACCAGCGAAAUGCAGCUGUCCAACGCCCUCACACACAAGCUGUUGACGAAGUUCUUACAACCUCUAAGUAAGCAACAAUACGAAGAGGAUGUCAAAAAAACAAUAGAACAAGGACAACUACGACCCGCAUCUUCUCUUAGGUCAUCUUCUCGUGGUGAUAAAAAUACAACUACUCCUAGUUCUAAUGGCACAGCUAGUAGUACUUCUACCAGUGAGGAUGAGGAACUUCUUCAUUACCGUGGAGUAGGUCCCGGACGUUGCCACUUCAGCCCGGCUGGAAUUCGGUACAUUCUCUCCUCCGGACAGUAUCACAAAAUGCUACGGAUGCACCUUGAGCGAGACAUCUACUGUGUGACGAAGCCAACUGGUGGGAAGUACGAUAGUGACACGUCUGCGGGAGUAGACGAGUUUCGCAACUUCAUGGGGAAAACUUUUGGGGUCGUCAAGAGAUUUCGCCGCACAAAGAGAGAACAGCUCGAAGAGAUGCGCGCGGCCUGCCCUGUGCAUACGGGAGCAAUUCACAUGAACAUGUCCAUGUGGUUCAAUCUGAAUGUAGAUGACGUCGCUGCAGCAAUGGAUGUGUAUGGUUAAGACUUCAGAAGUCACACCAUCAUACUAGAGUUCACAACAUAGUUUUACUUACUUGUUGUGCUGGUGUCUUCGUACUACUAAAUGAUGAAUAGACAUAGAAGAAGAACAUUAAAAAUUAUAAUUUCUAGGUUCAUCUUAUUAUAAUUUCUAGCCAUCAAUCUUGCGCUUUCCAACUUUUACGACCUUCUGCUUGUUACAUAUUUGUACAUGACUACUCUUGGCCCCAGCAUUGCACAUGGAUGAUUAUUUCAAAAAGAUAGAUUCAAUCCAAUUCCAUUUUAGUAUUUACUUUUUUUGUAUCGUAAGCGAGUUUCGUAAACAACCUGGCUACAUAUUUGCCGCGUACCUACCGGCGCUCUCGGGGCUCUUAACCUCCUUAAUAACUGCGCCAAAGCCCCUACGAUUUACGCUUACCACGAUCAAGGACUAGGAGAAAAGGCGGAGGCAAUUACACAGCUAGCAUCUGCCACCCGGGACGCUGUUCGCCUCACCUUCGCGCGCGUUAGGAGAGUGCUAGCAUUGGGCGGCGGAAGGUUGUCCGCGUGAAUAAGUUAAUUAAUUUCUGGGCCUUUUUAGGUGGAGCUGCGCGGCAACACGUUGGUGAAAGAAGUCAGCGGAUGCUUUUGGCUAACUGCAACAUGCGCGCGAGUUACAUUGGUGGAGCUACACUAGAUCCUACUCUGUGCCUGAAAAUAGUCUCCAUUUCUUCGUCUUUGCAUCAUCGUCUCCUUCCGUCCUUUUCUUCGCUUUGAUCUCCCCGCUGCACGGGUCCCAGCUUCAUUACGUGAAAUUGACCGCCACCACACUCCUACGAUCCUCCUGUCUUUGUCUCCAUCUUCGUGCAUCAUCGUCUUCUUAGGUUCAGAGAGGCCAUAACGAGUCCGCCCCACAACGCAGACCGCACUACUAGUAACUACGUGGGUUAAGCUUAAGACAGACGAAAGCAGCGCCAGCUUAUCACCCUGAAAGCAAAGAACCCCCAGACGCUAAUCUUUAGUCUGCCCCCCCCCGGCAGAGCAGGGGAUGCCUGCGCGUCAAAUAGGGGCGCCAUUUGCUUGAUUCCACGUCUUUCAGAAGAUGAAGCCGGACCGGAGGCCACCGGGCGCAACAUGAGAGGAUGCCCCCGAUGCAGCCAUAGGUAGCCAGAAGAAGAAGGCGGCGAUCUACUGCAACAAAAAAAAAUACGAGGGCUACUGUUACUGAGGGAGGUUAACUUCUAAGGGGGGAGGCUGUUUUACGGAGCAUCGCCAACGGCUCCCGCCACCAAUCGCCGGGGGGGUAGUCUGUGGCGACCCCGCACCCCGACGCAGCUCAUUACAAGCGCGGAAAGGGCGGGCUUCCGGGAGUACCGGAAGCGGGUGCAUUUUGCUCCUUCAAAAUUCCUACUGCAGCAUUCCAUAGUUUAGAUUUGAUAUUUUUGAUUUUGCUGUAGCACGUAUAUAUUACUGUAGCGAUAGUGAACGUCUAAGAACAUAAACAUAUCAAGGAAAAAAUUUAUCCACCGCUCCAUCUAUUUUUUUGUUCCAAGAAACGAAAAUUGUCGCAUGAUCACACGACUUCAGCUCCUUUUUGGCGCCGUUUACGACUAGAAAGAUAUUGACGCUCGUUUACGACACGGAUUGGGUUUACUACAACUCCUUACUACUACUCACAUAGUAAUGAAAUGCAGAAUAAGUAUCAAUAUGAUCUUCUUCACCAUCGCAACCGCCAUAGUUUUGCAGUCAAAAUGAGCAGUAGCAACACUGAUGAAUACAAA